GCAACACGCUCGGGGUGAUCGACGUAAAUGGUGCCGAGAGCCGCUCCGCGACACCACGUUUCCGUCCACCUGCGAGACAGGUGAGAGUAACAGCGGAUCUUGGCGUUCACUUCAGCGAUCUGCAUGAAGGACACCAGAUAGGACCUUGUAAAGGAUGAGAAGGACCGAUCAUGACGGCCACGUCGCGCGGCAAGGCCCGCCGCCUUUUCGGGUGCUGGCCGAUACCACUUACCUGUCGCCGAUGCCGCCCCCGGCGGCGCCGCCGCCGCCGCGCGCCCCCGAGCCCUACAAGGUCGCCCCGUCGUCGACGUCCUACAGCAGAGCGCAUCGUCGUUCCAGCUUCGUGAUACUCGCCGAGUCCAGCCCGGCGAGUCCGGAAUCCGAGAAUACGUCAUCCACCUUGCCUACGGGCAGAGUCUCGCCGUUCCGCGGACGUGGCUUCAAAGGGCCACCUCCUCGCUCAAUGUCGAGACCACAGUCGCCGGAAGUCGCCGGAAACGGACGUCGGCGCGGCAGAGUCGAGCGAAGGGUCUCAGUGUCGCAGCAGAACAGCCCCAGAAGAAGCUUGAUACCGCAGCCGACUUACCGUCAGCGAUCCACCUCCUUGACGAAGGACACCGAACGUUCACCAUCGCCGAAGAUAGGUCGCCGAGUUGACUCGAAGACGCGAUUUAACGUCUCGAACUCGCGCGGUCGACUGAACGCUGCCGAUUCGAAGACGCGUCUGAACAGAACCGACUCCCGGAGCCGCACGAAUCUCAUCGAACCCAGGACCCGUUUUAUCUCCAACUCCACCAGCAAUCUCAACGGCAACACGACGACAUUGCGCCGACAGAUGACGACGAAAGCGUCGACGCGGCUCUCGCCGAUUCAAGGAACACCGACGAAACCGGAGAAAACGAAUGUGAGAGGAAAAGAUUCUUCGAGAUCUCCCGUGAAGACAUCGAGAACGUCACCGCAGAAGAACAGCACAGUCGCGACGCGAAGAGAUAAUCAGAAUCGAAACCCCAGCAAGGAGCGCGUCGUCUCGCCGUCGAAGAUUCCUUUGAAAAACAAAGCGAACGGCGCGUCGUUGAACACCGGCAGGUUCAUCACAAUGCCCGAACAAAACUCGGAGAGGUCCAAGAAGACGGACAAAGCUGUCAGGGAAGGCAAGGGCAACAAGCAGGGCGGCCAAUCCGUUCAGAAUGGCCGAUCGUCCGAAGUGGACGUUGUAUACGAAAUGGAGAUAGAUGAAACCUUCUCGGGCAACGCGGACGAAGUGGAUCUCAGGGACCUCUUGAAGCAAACGUCGCAGGCGAUCGGCACGUCCAGCGAACGUCUGGUGAACACCACGACGACCACGGCGGUGCAGCCGCUGCACAUCGACGCGAACACGCUUCUCACGGAGCGCAGUGACGGCUCGACGAUGAGUCAGUCGAAGGAACGAAUCGACGUAGCCAGAUCUCCUGUGCCCAAGGACGCGUCGCCGGUGCCUGCAUCGACGCAGAACGCGGCUUCAACGAGCCAGAAAUCCGCGCCGUCCGCCGAGAACCAGUCGGCUAAAGCGAAUAAUGCUGGAAACGACAAGAAGGAUCCUUCAGCAGGCGCGGACGUGGGCAGCAUCGGAGGACACUCGAAGAGCGGCAGCGUCGGUCAGAGCUCCGCGAAGAACGUCAAAGUGAACGGCGAGGGUACGUCAGCGGCGAUGACGCCGGCGGAGACCAAGAGCGGCUCCGCCGGCAGCAAGGCAGCCACUAAUCGCGAGCUUCCGGCGAAUGAUAAGAUGCCUACGGUGAUGGAGAACGAGUCGAUGGUUGCCAAAGCAGGCCAAGAAGCGGAAGUGAAGACCGCGACGGCGAACAGCGCGACGGCGACGAACAACGCGACGAACAGCGCGGCGAAGAGCAAUAACAGCGUGAAUCCCGCGGCGGGUGCAGUAAACGCGAGUGUGAACGCGAGUGGUGCCGUGGUUCGCGCGAGGAAUGAGAAUCGCGGCAGCGACGCGUCCUUGAAGUCGUCCACCGGCGUGUCCACGGAUUCCAUCGAGAGCGUGAGAUCGACGGACACGGGGGUGAGCGUGAACACGGUGCGGGGGGUGUCCUCGCCGAGGGAGAAGACGGGCGUGCACAUGGAGAAGCGAUCGCAGGAGAUCGAGACGCUCAGCGGCAACAUCGUCCGCGUCGAGCAGAACGGAGAGCCGGCGGUCCUGGCUUCUAGCAACGAGAAGCAACACGAUAGUGAAAAAUUGCUGGCGCGUUGGGGAAGGUCCUUGAGUCGAUACUGCAAGUGCUGCUCCAGCAUGAGAUGCCUGGCUUGCCGCAGAGACCCCAAGGGUCUUCUGUGGACCAAGAAUAAAGGGAGGGCGAUGGUGAUCAAUGACACCCCGCCGCCUGUUGCAGCGACUGCACUCGAUGCACCGCCACCAACGACAAAUGCGUCUUGGUGGUCGAAAUUGAAGACUCGAUGCAGAUGCGGCCGAUUGCGAGAGAUCAAGUGUUGUACAAGAAAAUCGAGAGUCGCUCCUGCCGAGCCUACCGUUUGCUGCCCGCCGGAGAGGAGAUGCGGUGCGAUCUGCCGUCGCGUGUUCGGCUGUUGUAAAUGUAAACGCAACGCGGACACGCAACAACGCACAAGAAAUACACGUGCCAAGCACAGUCUUACGAGUGUAGCUCCGCCGCCUUUAUCGGAAGAACCGAAGUCUAAGCUACCGGACGUCCUAGUGGAGCACAAUUCCGUCAUGCGCGGCGCUAUUCCUUGCUUGCCGGUUCCUCUCGCCUGGUUCUGCCUAAUGUGGAAUGUCCUACUACCGGGCACCGGAACUGUUUGGAGCGGCCUGUUCAAUCUGUGCACUGGACAACCGAGAUUUUCUGCCGUUGCCGGAAUGAAAUCACGACUUGGUGCACUUAUUGUUAAUCUUGUUGUCGGCGUGGGCCAAUUGUUUACCGUUCUGUUUUGUCUCGUCGGAUGGGGUUGGAGCAUUUGGUGGGGCGUCAACAUGGUCCGCUUAGCUAGGAAGUACAAGCGGUUUAGAGCUUCGGAAGCCGCCAACAAUGAUCCUGAAGCUAGAGGAGGCGAACCAGCUACCAUGCCUCCCGGCGUGCCGAGUCAAGCCUUACGAGAGAUGGAAAGAGCACGAUGAUGUAUUCUUAACGAAGAGGAGAGCACAAUUAUUCUCCGAUUCUAUAUAAAUUUUUUGUAUCUCGUUCGGCAAGUCUUUGCGCUCCGCGUGAUAUCAAUCGAAUUGCAAAAUAUCGUCUGUACGAGAAAAAAAACAUUGCAUUGUACUGGCGCGAUCCGAAUAUCUUGUACAAACAGUUAUAUAUUUGUGAAAACGAUAUCUAAAUAUUUGUAAGCCGACGAAAACUUUUUUCCCAGUUGCAAUUGAGUCACGAUGGAAAGUGAAGAUUAAUUAAAAAGCUUGGAACAAUAACAUGCUAAGCACGAAACAAAGUUGCUAAACGGACAGUUGAAAAAGGCCGUGAUUUAUUGAGACGAAUAUUUUACUCUCCUUUUUCCUCGCGACAUUCCUCGCUAUCUCUUGAAGAAAGGAGAUUUUUAAAAAUUGAAUUUAUUAAUAGGAUCUGUAAAUACGUUAUAAGCUAAGAACUUUUGGUAUAAAAAUUGUCUCUCCAUAUAUAUUUUAGCAUGUUAUUGCGCCAAGAUUCAAUGAAGAAUAUCUCGAAAGGCGACAUCGCCGAGAUAUUCUUAUGCAGGAUAUUUAUAAAGUCUCUGCCCUAUUUUGUUGAAAUUAGGGUUAUCGUUAUUCAAGCAAGUAAUUUUAGAAAAUUGUAAAGGAAAAUUGGAGCUUUUUGUCUCAAAGAGAGAAUUUCGAGAAUUCCAACAAUUCUGCUGUAAAAAUACCGCUUUCAGCAAUUCUGCUUCAAAUUUCCUCCUUGCAGAAUUCAAAUAAAUAUUUGUACAAAAUAGACUGAGACUUUGCAAGCGUCCUGUAUUUUUCUACGCAGUGAAAACUUUCGUUCUCGUCGACGAAAGGUUCAAUUUUUGUAAAACCGGCGCUUGUGCGCGCGAAGUUCGCGGCCUACCAGAAUCCGAAGACGUCCUUAAAGAUUAAUUGCUUUCAGUGAAAGCAUCUUACAAUUAGCCGAGCGUUCUUUCAAAAUGUACUCGUUGCGUCGAUGAGGAUAAUUUACGGAAAGCGGAUCAUUAGCGACGAUAGUAAUCGCGCCGUGAUAUUGAAUUAAAGCGCCGUUGAAUAGGCGUUCGAUUUAUAUAUAAUGGCUAACAUCGAUCUUCGAGGAGGAAUUACCGCAAUCCUCGAAGACGUGGCCUCAAAACGUUAUCGACGGGAUAAGUGCGUUUUGAAAAAACGCGCUUUAUAUUUUUACAAGCGCAACACACGCAUACGUACGAGUACUCUCGACUCUAUCCAAUUAAACUUAUACUUACGAUUCUUGUAAAUAUGAAAAUAUAUUACUUACAUCAAUUUGUAAUGCAAUCUCUGCUUCUGGAAAUUUUUGUGCUGCCCCUUCUUCUUCCCGUUCGAGAUGGCGAUUGCUUUUCAUACAUAUCUUUCCUCAUUUCUAAUUAAUGUCUCGUUUAAAUCAAGGAGACAUAAAUAAAAAUUAAAACUUUAUAAUCUUUUUCCACGUCUUCAAUAAACGUGUGAUUUCAAUGCACAUUUUCAUUGAAAAAGAUUUCAAAGUGUCAUUUUACGCGGAAUAAUCAUAAUAGAAAAAAGAACGUCGCCGCGAUAAGACAUCAGACAGUAAACGACAAGCUAGAUGUCUACAUUUUUCAUUACAUUGCAACAUAGACGUCGCGAUAUAAACUAAUAUCCCGGCAGAAGUGGAACAACGUCUGCACAGAGUUUGUUCGCAGAAAAAAAAUUUAUCCGACAAAAUUCACUGUCGUUCGCUGUCUUUCAACGUAUCACGGCGUUAUAAGAUGCUCAAGUUUAGAAACGUGCGCAUGCUCGUGAAAUAUAAAGGAUCUAGCGGAACCACUACCCCUAAGCAUGCAAAUCGAUCGCAUGCCCAAGCAGCUCUAUUUCAAGCGGUUAUUAUCAAGAUCUCGUUAUUUCUGCUUUUCGUCGAAGGCCUCGUAAGCCGACAGCGUUUCGCCGGUCGGCGCGUUUGUUUCAUGCGCAUUUGAUUAUGCGUAUAUCGUAUGUGAAGAUGUGAUCUGUGUAAGUCCAGCAGCUCUCACGAUCGAUCUGUACGUAAGUAUGUCAUUCGGUGAACAAAUCGAAUUUUUUCUACAUAUAAAUUCGUUAGUUAUUUUAUUAGUCCGAGAUUAAUCUUUUUUCUGCGAUACGAUGAUACUCUUGUCGAAAUGUAUUGUGAUAAAAAAUAUACGACUACACGUUUUGUAUGAAUGCAACAAAAAAAAAAAAUAAAAUAAAAAGAAGAGCGUGAUAGAUUAUAUUACGCCAUAAAACCGCGUUAUUUCAUCAUCUAGUCUUUUGUACAACCACCAGAAGCUGAAAAUAUUUUCCCUUUUAGGCAAAAAGCUUUUUCUCCCCGAUAUUUUCUCUCUGACGCGGCGAUUAAUUUUCGACAUGACGAAACACGCCAUACGUUUCACGUCUGUCGAGUGUGUCAGUUGUUAAAUAUACUUUUGAGUUGGUGGUAUGGACGCGCGUUGUUAUCAUCUCGGUGUUCAAACCGUGCCGCACGAAAUCCGCGCCUACGCGCCAUAUUUUGACACACCGAUCCGCAAACACGCUCGCACAAGUGCACGCGGGAAUUCGCGGCGAUUACGUUAGUGGCCGAUUGUACGUAAAAAUGGUGCGGAGGCGAUCGCAACCGGAGGAACAUGUGUGCCCGCACUCUACUAUGCGGCGUGCAGUGAUAUACACGCGUUUUAUCGGACGUAAUUUAUCGCGGCUACGUUGCAUAAACUUUCGCCCGGUCGUUUUAUGAAUCCUUGCGGAGAUACCUGCGGUGCCCAAGGGUGCACUUUGCCUGGAUUUUAAUCGCAUAGCUUCUUUUAUUAUUUCGCGCGCCGCGGAAAUCGGACCGCGCGAUCGGACCAGCUGAUUAAUCCGCCGCGGUCGUGCGAGUGUGAGAAAAGGAAAAAAGAAAAAUUCGUCACCACGGAGUUGGAUUUCAGAUUCGUAUCUCGAAUCGCGAGAGAAUUUACGCGCGCUUGUAAUCGGUUUAUAUCGCGUUUGUGUUUUAUGUGAAUAUUCAUGAAGUGUACAGCGCGCAAUUUUUUUCCACGAAAUUUUGUAAAACAAUUAACCAAUAAUAAAAAAUACAUUAUUUUAAUUGAAAUAACAGCCGGUGAAAAAUUAAUUUAUAUAUCAGGUAUUAUAUCAUGGAGUAUAAGUUGUGUGGAAAUUUUCACCGCUGCGAAUUAAUUAUAAAAAAUGAUCGCAAAAAAUCCCGGCUCGUAGUAAAACAAAAAGAUACAUGUAUGUGGAAUUGUUGAAAAUUAAAUUGCCAUUAAAUCCUAUUAAAUUUAAUUGCGCUGUAACGUUACGCGCGCUCGUAAAACACAAGAUCGUAUAAUGUUAACGAUGUACAAAUAAAAUAUGUUAAAGCGUGUACUGAUUUUUCUGAGCACGAAAUGAUGUACACACGCGAGAACGUAUAAUUUACGAUGAAAUAAGAUAAACAAGUACGAUACGCUAUAUAUGCGAGUUAGUUUUUUUUUUAAGAAUGCAAGGUGUAAUUAUAUAUCACCCUGCACAUCACACAGAUCCGUUGCUGACCUUCCUGGCGAACGAUCGCUGUUUGGUCGCAACGACCGUGACUGUACAAUCGCAAUAAAAUGUAUCUCUGAGUAGGUAUAUAGUAUAGUUGGGGCGGAUGAAUGGGAUUGGAGAGUGAGACGAAUUAAAAUUUAAAACUCGCAUUGCGGAAAUAGAGUAGAUGAGUGAGACGAUCGUUUGACGACAGAGUUUAGUGAAGAAAGUUUGGCGGAGUUGAGUGAGCGAGUUUUCUAAAUUUUAAUGCGAUUCACCCGCCGAGCCUAUUCACCUACUUUACUGAUAUCUCGGAAUUAACGCAACCGCCAUUAAUUUUAUUGCACGUUUAAUUUUAAGCGGAACUCGCUUUCGCAGAAUUUUGUUCCGACAUUUGGCGAAUGUUUAGUAAACAUAUAAAAAAAAUUUUUUUAAAUUAGAAGCCU